AUGUCAUCCAACGGCUGGGAAUCACAGUGCACUUCUCGCAUGACGAAGGCACAGCGCGCCAAGCUGAAGGCCGCUUACAAACGAGAUCACCCAGUGGAACCCCCGCAGGCCCCCAAGCAAGACGAGUGCAGCUGGUGGGAGUGGGACGAGGCGCAGGCGGAAUCGGCGCGCUUGAAGCAGAGAAUUGAGGGAAGCAAAGCAGUGGCGGAACGGGUUCUUAAGAAGUUCCAUAAGCAGCUGGAAUUGCGGAAGGCUGAUCGGCAGAGGAGCAAGGAGAUUCGCUCCACAGGCCGAGUGAAAGGCGAACGCUGGAAGUGA